UCCAAAUUUUUUCUUUCAAAAAUCCAAGCCCCCACCAACACUAAAUCACGCGCGUUGUUGCGGCGCGUAUGACAUUCGCCGUCGACCUACCACCAUGCCAGGCUCAGCAUCCUCCACCCACCGCCCUGAGGGUUUAAUCAACCGCCUUCAUUCCGCCGCCGCAGACGGCGGAGAAGCAAAAUUGAAAGUCCUUAGGGAACUUAAAAACCAAAUAAUCGGAAAUCGAACAAAAAAACUUUCAUAUAUCAAAUUAGGCGCUGUUCCUUCCGUCGUAUCUAUUCUGUCAACGGCGUCGUUUUCAUCCGAUUGCCUUCUUGUUCAGUGCGCGGCUACGAUUGGCAGUUUUGCCUGCGGCGUUGAUUCCGGCGUUAAGGCCGUUUUAGAUGCCGGAGCUUUUCCGCUUCUCAUUAAUCUCCUUUCACAUUCAAAUGAAAAGGUUGUAGAUGCAGGUGCUCGUGCCCUUAAAAUGAUAUAUCAAUCAAAAGUGGCUCCUAAGUACGACUUUUUCAUAGAGAAAAACAUGGAAUUUCUUAUAUCUUUACUAGAUAAAAAUAAUGAAAAUGUAACCGGACUUGGUGCAUGUAUCAUAACACAUUCUUGUGAAACAAAUGAUGAGCAAAAGAUAUUGGGUGAUGCUGGAGUAAUAAGAAAACUGGUCGACCUCUUUGGAGGCACUACAAGCCAGAGAGAUGCCAGCUUAGAGUCGUUUGCUACAAUUAUCAAAGGAAACCCACAAGUAAUUUCGAAAUUUGUGGGACCCGAAAAUGGUAGAACGUGGGGUACCUUAAUAGAGUUGACUAAAGAUAGGUAUCCAAGAACAAGAUUACUUGCAUGUAUGUGCUUAAUUUUGAUAAAAAAUUCUGCUCCAUCAUACCUUCAAUCCGUGGGGAUCAGAACUAAGUUAAUAUUAGUAUUACAUGAACUUAUUGAUGAUCCUGGCCAAGUGGGAGAUGAAGCUUUGUUUGCCUUAUCCAGUUUUAUUGCUGAUGAAGAGGGAUUACAGAAGUUGGCUUUUGAAGCAAACACAAUUGACAAACUUUGCGCCCACAUGCCAAAAGUAUUAUUACAACCCAAACGUCUUGAGGGAAUAUUUAUGACUUUGGCUAAUUUAUGCUUGAAUCUGGAAUGUUGCAGAUCUACUAUUUUGCAAUCACUCAAGCUACAGGUAUUAAACACUAUAAGUGAUGCUCUGAGCCAUACUUCUGCAGAUGUGCGUGUUGCUGCUUGCAUCUGUUUGAAGAAUAUUUCCCGCUCUGUCAAGUAUCUGAGUGCAGGCCAUUUUAUGACAGAAGCCGUUAUCAAGCCGUUGAUUCAACUUCUAUAUGACACUUCUACUUCUGUCCAGAUAGCUGCACUACGUACUAUCAGUAACUUAGUUGUUGAUUUUACAAUGCACAAGUCCCUUUUCGUACAAAGUGGAGGUGUGAAACAACUUGUUGAGCUUUCAGAAUCUAUGGAUUCAACAGUAAGGUUAAACGCUGUAUGGGCAUUGAGAAACUUGAUGUUCCUUGUCGACAGCAGAUGUAAAGAGGGGAUUUUGAUGGAGCUCAGAGCAUUGACGUUAUCAAGCCUUGUCUGCGAUCCUAGUGCUUCUGUACAAGAGCAAGCUUUGGCCCUUGUCUGCAACCUUGUUAAUGGACAUGCGGACUCAAUUGAGCAUGUCUUCACUGAUGAUGGUUCUUUACUGGAUGCUGUUGGAAGACAAUUAUGGAGUGCUUCCAAACCUGAAGUUUUGGUUCAGGGAAUGUGUGUCCUUUGCAAUGUGGCAUCUGGGAAAGAGUUCCACAAGGAAGCAGUGAUGCAGCAACUUCUUCCACAGCCAAGCAACAAUGAUACCCAAUCAAUAAUGGUGACUAUGUUGCAAAGUGAUGUUGCCAGACUGCGAACGGCUGCUGUGUGGACGAUAAUAAAUCUCACCAUUGCAACCGGAGCUGGUGCAUUAGCACGAGUUGUGAAACUAAGAAAUGCUGGGAUUGUCUCUCAGCUAAAGAACAUGGUCAAUGAUCCAUGCUUGGAUGUGAAGCUUCGUGUAAGAACGGCACUUGGGCAGACUAUGACUUUUGGGGACUUCUCUACAUAAAUAAUGAUUUGUUCAUCUUAACGAGUUCGUCCAACUGCUAGUGGAAAAUUACAUCUGUAAAUGUCUGCAACAAGCUUGGUGGCAGUUAAUUAUUGUUGUAACAUGUAAUAAUUAAAAUGUGUUGUUUUAGCCCUUCUUUUUUCAAGUUGAUAAUUGACGAUUGCCAGUUUUGUUGGAAUUAUUGUUGUGUAUAUUGGGAUCGUGCUACUAGGUGCUUGCCCCUUUGCCUCUGUAACUCUGUAAUUUGGAACUCCUCAAAGGAGUUGCCAUGAGAGUGGGUUUUCAUUCCUUGAUCUUGAAUUCACCAUAAAUGUUUUCACUUUGUGCUUUCGUUGUUAAUAUAUUAGUUCUGACUACCGUAUUAGUA